AUUGAAAUCUCUCUGUCGGCUUCGCCACUGCGCUCUCACGUCGUCCGUGACGUCCGGGCAAAAGCUGUCGCGGCGGUAUCAGCUGGCGUGAAAGAAGUUCUCACCGACGUCUUUUUUGUCACUGCUGUCACUACCAGCAACUCAUCCUCCUCCUCCUCAUCAUCAUCAUCAACCUCCGAGAAUUAUCCCUUGGAGAGAACGGAGUUCGAUGACAACUGA